AUGCCAGGCAAACACGUUGAAGGCAUCGCCGAGAAGGCAUGCCGCCGAUGUAAAGAUAACUCUGCCGUACUAGUCGUGCGAUUAGAGCCACUCUGCAGAGACUGUUUUAAUAGAUAUGUCCAAACCAAGGCCAUAAAGCGAAUGGAGACUUUUCGUGUUAGGAAUUCUGCCCCAGAUCAGCAGCGCAAGAUUUUGCUACCAGUAUCUUUUGGUGUAUCUUCAGUCUCUUUACUCCAUAUCCUGGAUACCCACUUGAAAACUCAACAAGCUAAAACUGGCCGAACUGGCUACUCCCUCGUAGUUUUCUUCGUCGACACCUCCAGUAUCGAUGAGAAGUCCCCUAAUCCGGAGUUAUUGAAAAGACUGCAAGAAUCAUAUCCCGAUCAUACCUACGUCUCAGUUGCGUUGCAAGAUUUGGUCGCACAUAUUCCUCCGGGAGAUCCGUUACUAGAACUUGUACCAGCCCUUGGCCUAGAAAAUACUCCAACACUUGAACGUUUCUCGACAUUGGUGAACUCGUUAACAUCCGCCACCGCACGCGCCGAUGUUCUCUCCACUCUACGAACCAGGUUGAUCGUUGAGCGCGCCAAGUUGGCUGGGUGUGAGGGUAUCCUAUGGGGAGACAGCACCACCAAGCUGGCGGAAAAGACUCUAUCAGAGACAGCAAAAGGGCGUGGCUUCAGCCUUCCCUGGCAGAUUCUGGAUGGCGAGUCUCCUUUUGGGAUUGGUUUCCACUACCCUCUCCGCGAUGUGUUGAAGAAAGAAUUGGCUUCGUACGUCGAAUUGUCCGACCCAUCUCUUUCAACAUUUGUGCACGAAGGCUCUACUUUGGCGACACAGGCCUCGAUGAGUUCCAAAAAUACGACAAUUGACGACUUGAUGAAGCAAUAUUUCGAGUCUGUAGAGGAAAACUUCCCUAGUAUCGUCGCAAACGUUGUGCGCACCACUGGCAAGCUCGAGGCGAGUGAAGUCGCUCAAUCCGAUCCACGAUGCAGUCUUUGCAAAAUGCCAGUUGUGCAGGGUCGAUUCGGCAUACAUGGUUGGGGCGGAGACCAACAGGACGGACUUCUGCCUGCUGGAGCCGACACCGCCACAGGGCUAUGUUACGGUUGUACGCGAUCGAUGCCUCGCUCCACAGUCGUCUCGAACGGUUCAUCCUGA